AUGAGCAGAGUAAAUCUCAUUGAAAAGAACUCUGAUUCUGAGUUAGUUCGCUAAGGGGAGGACGGAGACUUCAAAAAUCUGUUUAAACUUGACAAUAUUCGAGAAGGGGCUUCUUUAGGACUCGUAUAAUAAUUGGGAGGAGAACAAGGAUUGGCAAAAAUAUUUCAAGUAGAUUUGAAGCGUGGUGUACAAGACGAAGAAUAAGCAAGCACGCUGAGAAAUAGAUACGGAGCUAAUUUACCUAUUGUAAAAGAGUUAACACCUUUAUGGAAAUUAAUUGUAGAGUGUUUGGGUGAUACAAUGUUGUAGAUUUUAAUUGUAGCAGCAAUUGUAUCGACAAUUUUGGGGAUAAUCGAAGGUGAAGGUGGAUGGUAUGAAGGCUUAACUAUAUUUUUGGCAAUCUUCUUGAUCAUCGGAAUUACAGCAGGCAACAACUAUGCAAAGGAGAGACAAUUUGCUAAAUUAUAAUCAAAGCUGGAUGAGGGAAACGUGUAAGUAAAGAGAGGUGGAAGUGUAAUAACAAUUAGCAAUAAGGAUAUUGUGGUUGGUGACGUCUUAUUAUUUUAACUUGGAGAUAUUUUCAAUGUAGAUGGACUGUAUUUGAGUGGCAGCGAAGUGAAGAUAGAUGAAUCCGCAAUGACAGGGGAGUCUGAUGAAAUGCUGAAGGCAUCACUUGAUGUAUGUUUGAAGGACUAAAAAGGAAAAUCACCAUUUUUGAUGUCAGGAACCAAGGUUAAUGAAGGAACAGGAGUAAUGUUGGUGUUGUAAGUGGGUGAGAAGACAGUGCAGAAUGAAAUGAAGAGAUUAGGUGAAAGUGACAGUACACCGACUCCUUUGCAAGUAAAAUUAGAAGCAGUGGCAGAAACUAUAGGUAAGGUAGGUGUAAUUGUGGCAAUAUUAACAUUCGUUAUUCUGUUGGUUCGACUAUUCAUAGAAUAUGCACAGAAUGAUGAAUAGACAUUUUGGGAAUAAUUUUGGCAUCUGGAUUGUCUCCAAAGAAUACUCAAAUUUUUCAUGAUCGGUGUUACUAUUAUCGUUGUGGCUGUUCCAGAGGGUCUACCUUUGGCUGUUACUAUUACCUUGGCCUUUUCGGUGAACAAAAUGAAAGAUGAAUAAAAUUUAGUUAAGACUCUUGCCUCUUGUGAAAUUAUGGGAGGAGUCAACAAUAUUUGUAGUGAUAAAACUGGUACUCUGACAAUGAAUACGAUGCAAGUCAGUUCAUUUUUUGGUUAAGGUUCUAAUUAUAAGGAUUAUCAAUUACCAUAAAUCAAAGAAUUAUAGAAAGAUUAUUUAGAUCUCUUGGCUGCCAGCAAUCUCUAUAAUUCAAAUGCAUAUCCAAAAAGAGGAAUUAAUGGAAAGUUUGAAUAGAUAGGAAACAAAACAGAAUGUGCUUUGAUAGAGUUUUGCGAUAUGUUAGGUUAUUAGCUUUCGAGUUAUAGACCAUCAGAUAAUAUCUUAAGAGUGAUUCCUCUAAAUUCAAAGAGAAAGAUGAUGAUUACAAUUGUCAACCAUAAUAACAAGAUAUAUUUAUUCAGCAAAGGUGCUCCUGAAAUGGUAUUGAAAAAAUGCACUAAAUUUAUUAAUUCAAAUGGAGAUGAAGUCCAAUUGACACCUUAGGAUGCAAAGAACAUGUUGACAAUAAUUGAAGAUUAUGCUGGUUAGGCACUUAGAACAUUAGGAAAUGCUUACAAAAUAUUAAAUUACCAUCUCGAAUAUGAUUUCGAAUCUAUUCCAGAAGAAUAUCUUUUAAAUGAUUUGACUUUAAUAAAUAUAGCUGGAAUCAAAGAUCCUGUUAGACCUGACGUACCAAGUGCUAUUUAAUAGUGUUAUAGAUCAGGAAUAAUAGUAAGAAUGGUAACAGGUGAUAACAUUAAUACAGCCAAAGCUAUUGCAAGAGAUUGCAAAAUUCUAGGACCAGAUAGUGACUUACAUGAAUAUGAAGCCAUGGAAGGAUCCUAAUUUAGGUAAUUGACUGGCGUUGAAGUACAAGAAGUCAAGAAUCUCUUAAAAUUUUAAGAAAUUGCUGUUCACUUGAAGGUAUUGGCAAGAGCAACACCUGAGGAUAAAUUUAUAUUGGCAACAGGAUUGAAAUAACUAGAUAAUGUGAUUGCAGUGACUGGAGAUGGAACUAAUGAUGCUCCUGCUUUAAGGAAGGCAGAUGUUGGAUUUGCUAUGGGUAUCACAGGUACAGAUGUUUGUAAAGAUGCUGCCGACAUCAUAUUAUUAGAUGACAUUUUAGUUCCAUAAUCACUGCAUGCAAAUGGGGAAGAAAUAUCUAUAAUUGUAUUCGUAAAUUCAUCUAAUUUUAAUUGA